GCGGGGCUAGGAGGAAGUAGACCCCGGGUGCGGUGUUGGGGGCUGAGGUUUGCAGGGGGACCUGGCCUUGUGAGAGCGAGCUCGAGGGGUCAGGUUGGAAAGGCGGCCAUGAGCUCCAGUCCCCCUGACCCCGGUGCCCAGGCACCCCAGAUGCCCCGCCCACAGCCGCUGUCCCGGAGCUCAUCCAGCCUGAUGGGCGAGGGCCAGGGGCAGAGGCCGGAGCUCCGUAAGAGUGCCAGCAGUACCGUGUGGCGCGGGCAGCCGGGCAAGGCUGGCGCCAGUAGCCAGACUCCAGAGGAAGAGACCUGCCAGGUGGAGAGCAUGGAGCAGACACAGGCCUCCAGCCCCCGGCCACCAUCCAGUGGCAGGGGCCACUGGCGAAGCAGCACUGUGGGCAACGUGUCCACCAUGGGCAGCGGGGACCUUGCCCGACUUCGUGCCCCCAGUGCCGCUGCAAUACAGAGGAGCCACUCGGACCUGGUCCGCAGCAUCCAGGCCCGGGGACACAGCGGCACUGCCCGGACAGCCAGCCUCAGUUGCUCAGCGCUCGGUAGCUCGCCUGUCCACGCUGUUCAGCUGCUGUCUGAUGUUGCUCCUGCCUCAAGUGGCCAGGUCCCCCUGGGCCUGGAGAGGAACCUGGUUGAUGAGGAUGGGACUUCUAACUCAAUUGGGGUGCUGGGGGAGAGCCAGGCACAGGUGCUGCCUCUAGACCUGGGGGACACAGCCAGCCCCUGCAGUAGUGCCCAGGCUGAGCCCAAAGUCACUGGACAGCCGGCCGCUUCCUCUUGCCACGCCCUGCCUCCAGCAGCUCUCCUCUGCAGCGUGAGAGAGGCUGGGGUUGGGAGCUGCUGCCACGCCCUGCCUGCCACAGGGCUCCUGGCCUUCCCCAAGCUGGUAGCAUCUGUGAGUGAAUCGGGGCUGCAGGUUCAGCAGCACGGAGUGAGAUUCCACUGCCAGCUGCCUGCGGGGCUCCCCUGCUGUGCCCACGCUUGGGGCGUCCCUGGUUUAACCACAGAGCCUGGCUCCAGGACCAAAGAUGUGUGGACCAUGACCUCCACCAGCGACCUGGCUCCUGCAUCAAUGUCCCUGCCACCACCACCACCUUCACUGCCAGCCCAGGAUGCUGGGGUGCAGGUGGCUCCAGUGGCAGCCUGCAAGGCUGUGGCCACAAGCCCAUCCCUGGAGGCCCCAGGGGCCCUGCACAUGUUCCCAGAGGUAACUGUGGGGUCCAGCAGCCUGGAGGAGGCGCCGUCCCCAGUGCGGGAUGUGCGGUGGGAUGCUGAGGGCAUGACAUGGGAGGUGUAUGGUGCCGCAGUAGACCCCGAGGUGCUGGGCGUGGCCAUCCAGAGGCACCUAGAGAUGCAGUUCGAGCAGCUGCAGCGGGCACCUGCUAGCGAGGACAGUCUGUCUGCUGAAGGCCGCAGGGGGCCGCUGCGGGCCGUCAUGCAGUCCCUGCGGCGCCCCAGCUGCUGCGGCUGCUCGGGUGCAGCCCCUGAGUGAGAGCUGGCCUGGACCCUCGCUUUUCACCCGAAUGUCUGCUGUGUGCAGGACCUUGGCUGGGCUGGGUUUUAAGGGCUGGAUUUUCCAAGAGCCACAUCUCUGCACAUCCCAGGCUCCAAAGGCUGGGGCAGGGAGACCCCAAAGUUCCUGGAAAAUAUAAAACGCUUUGCCUUCUGUUCAGGCUGCUCCUUCCCCACUUCGGCACACAUAGCAGCAGCCGCCCCGUGCUACAGCCUGGAUAAGGAAUUGGCAGGGUGGGGACCUCCCUGGUCUUCGGGGAAGGCAGUAGACGUUGGCUAAGGCCUUCCAUGUGCCAGACUACUGCUCAGCACCUUGCCUCAGCAAAGACAGCCCGACUGGCAUCCGACCAGGCCCUGGCAGCUGCCAGCCAGCAUGGACCACUGAAGUCAAUGGGGCUGGGCUCCAAGGCCACAUCCCAGUGAGCCAGAGCAUUUUUCUG